GCAGCCCCUCUCAUUGAAGUGUUCCUUUCAAGAACGCAUGUAAAAAGACACAAAAAGAUCUGGGUUGUGAGUGGAGGCCAAAUCCCAUCCUUUCAUCAUCAGUAGGGUUUUCCGAUUUGGUGCAUUUAAAGAGAUGCAAAAUGGCCUGCAUGGGUCAAUCCCAUAUGACAACAUCCCAUAUUUAUAUUUUGUUCCCAUGCAAAUGACAACUAGGAUAAAAUACAGGCGCUGGUCAUGGUACAUACGGGUCAUCAUGUUUAGAGGGUCUCAAGAAAUGGAGGAGGGUCAGAGAGAUGAUUGUUGUGAGAUCACAGAAAGGAGUUUGAAAGGAGGAGGAGGAGGAGGAGGGGGAGGAGAUGAUGAUGGUGGUAUUAAAGAAGAGGAUGAAAAAAUUGGAGGAGCAGAAGAAGAUCAAAGUGAAAAUGAUGAUGCUCUCAAGAGAAGCAUAUCGAACCACCCUCUGUAUGGGAAGCUUGUUGAAGUUCACCUCAACUGCUUGAGAGUUGGUGGAGCUUGUAAAGAUGACAUGACACACCAGACGAUGAUGAAUCCACAAGCAUACUGUCGCCAACAUCAACAUGGUGAAGCCAAGAUCAGUACGCCGAGUCAAUCUGACUUAGACCGUUUUAUGGAAGCUUACUGCUCGGUUCUGAGCAAGUUGAGAGAAGCAAUGGAAGAGCCUCAACAGGAGACCAUGGCUUUCAUCGACGACAUGCAUUCUCAGCUCGAGGACAUGAUCACAACACCACCUCCUCCUCUUCCUUCCACCUCUUCUGUAUCUGGAGAAUCAAAUACCUGACCCAAAGACCAAGAGGCCUUUGAUCGAGAUGAUAGGCAAAAGGUCGUUUUGAAGACCGGAGGAUAACAAAAUAUCGGCUGCUCCGGCUACUUUGCUCUUCUUCCACGUCAUUGACUACAUGUGUGUUUCGAGAA